UGCGUGUGCCAGCUGUGCGAGCACACCAACUUCACAUGCCACACCGAGGGCGCCUGCUGGGCCUCGGUCAUGCUGACCAACGGGCGAGAGGAGGUGGUCAAAUCCUGCGUGUCCCUGCCCGAGCUGCACGCCCAGGUCUUCUGCCACAGCUCCAAGAACGUCACCAAGACCGAGUGCUGCUACACCGACUUCUGCAACAACAUCACACUGCGCCUGCCGCUCGCUCACCCCCGUGCCCCCAGCGUGGGCUCGGCGGUGCUGGCGGUGACCGUGGCCGUCCCGGUGCUGGCCGUGCUGCUGGCCGUGACCGUGGCCUGCACGGCCCGGGGCUGGCGGCACCGCGGGGCCAAAGCCCCGAACGUGGAGGAGGCGCUGUGCGAGGGCAGCCUGGUGGGCUCCGGGAAGACGCUGAAGGAUCUCAUCUCCGACAUGACCACCUCGGGCUCCGGCUCCGGUCUGCCUCUGCUGGUGCAGAGAACCAUUGCAAGGACCAUUGUCCUGCAGGAGAUUGUGGGGAAAGGACGCUUUGGAGAAGUCUGGCGUGGGAAGUGGUGCGGGGAGGAUGUAGCUGUGAAAAUCUUCUCCUCCAGAGACGAGCGGUCCUGGUUCCGGGAGGCAGAGAUUUACCAGACGGUCAUGCUGAGGCACGAGAACAUCCUGGGCUUCAUUGCUGCUGACAACAAGGAUAAUGGGACCUGGACCCAGCUGUGGCUUGUCUCCGAGUACCACGAGCAGGGCUCCCUGUUUGACUACCUGAACAGAGGCACGGUGACCGUGGAGGGCAUGGUCAGGCUGGCACUGUCCGUGGCCAGUGGCCUGGCCCACCUGCACAUGGAGAUCGUUGGCACACAAGGGAAGCCAGCGAUCGCUCACCGGGACCUGAAAUCCAAGAACAUCCUGGUGAAGAGGAACGAGACCUGCGCCAUCGCCGACCUGGGGCUGGCGGUGAAGCACGACUCGGUGCUGAACACCAUCGACAUCCCCCAGAACCCCCGCGUGGGCACCAGGAGGUACAUGGCCCCCGAGAUCCUGGAGGAUGCCAUGAACGUGAACAUCUUCGAGUCCUUCAAGCGUGCAGACAUUUACUCCCUGGGGCUGGUGUACUGGGAGAUAGCCCGGAGGUGCUCUGUGGGAGGAGUCACUGAGGAGUACCAGCUGCCUUACUACGACCUCGUGCCUUCUGAUCCUUCCAUAGAAGAUAUGAGAAGGGUUGUCUGUGAACAGAAGCUCAGACCAAGUAUUCCAAACCAGUGGCAAAGCUGCGAGGCUCUGCGGGUGCUGGGCCGGGUGAUGCGCGAGUGCUGGCGCCCCAGCGGCGCCGCCCGUCUCACGGCGCUGCGUGUCAAGAAGACAAUCUCCCAGCUCUGCGUGCCCGAGGACUGCAAAGCCUGA